AUGGAGAAGAGUGCACGGAGGCGAUUGGAUUGUAUUUCUCGUCACCUUGUAUUACCACCUCAAGCUAAUCAUGGUCUGCAGCAGCUUGGUGGAAAAGGAAAAGAUGUUGUAUUUGAUGAAGUUCGAGUUUUUAACUACUGCAAGGUGCUGUUAUUAAGUAAUGGGCAAGUGAAGAGUGAGGAGGCAGAGCCUGUGGUGCUGUUAUUACUGCUUUCCAACCUCCACAACCACAAGUGCCAUGCUUGA